AUGAGUAGAAGGGCAUUAAGUCAAAGAAAUGAAUUAUCAGCAAAAGUUAAAGAUACAUUAAGUAAAACACCUACAAAGGGAUCGGCUCCUUCUUCAUCCACUUCAUCAUCUAAUGAUAAUCAAACAAGAACAAAGAAAAAGAUUAUUGUUGAAAGUAGUGACGAUGAUGACGAUCAAGAUGAGAAUGAUGAGCCAGUGAAACCUGUAAAGAAAUCUACUUCUACCACUACAAAGAAUACUUCAUCAUCAACCAACAAACCAUCAUCAGCUUCAUCAUCAUCAUCAACAACUAACAAAUCUUCAUCAUCUUCAUCAACAACUAAUAAACCAUUGUCUUCAUCCUCAACUUUAAAACCAAUAUCAUCAUCAUCAUCAAUAACUAAAACAAAGCCAUCAUCUGUGGAAUCAACUUCUGUUUCAUCAAAACCUGUACCGACAUUGUCAUCGACAACAAGUACUAAAUCUAAACCUACUGAUCAAGUUCAAGUAGAAAGAACCAAAACAAAGGCAAAUGAAUCAACAACGAUUUCCAAAGAAGAGGAAGAAUUCAAAAGAAUGGUUAUGAAAAGAUAUCAAGACGAAGCAAAGAAAAAAGGUUGGUCAUUUAAUCCAGAUAAAUCAUACAAACAUAUUGAUACCAAAUCUAUGUCAAAAAUGAUAUUAUCUCUCAUUUUAUUGGAAGAUCAACAACAACAACAACAAGAGGAAGAGGAACAACAAUUAUUGGAAAAAGUACACAAUGUGAAUCUUGGUAAUGAUUCACAAAAACAAUCAAUUAAACCGACCACUACUCCAAAAGGUGGAUUGUCAUCACAAUUAAAGCAAUUGAGGAGAUUAAGUUCAUCCUCUUCUAAUAUUAUGACAAUGUUGGAAAAUGUACCAUUAUAUGAUACAAAUCAUGAAAAAGUUAAAGUAAAAGAGGAAAAGACAACCACAAUCCCAACGAGCACUCUUCCUCCUCCCCCAUCAAAGAAUAAUAAUAGUGUAGAUGAUUUGAUGCAAAAUAUUAAAAGAUUAAGUAUUCAACCUAACAACAACAAAUCCAUAAAUUCAACAACACCUUCUUCUUCUUCACAACAACAAAUUAAAAUUGAAUUUGAUGAUAGUCCUCAUCUUCCAGCAAAACCUAAACAUGUAUAUAUUGAUGAAAUGAAUGGAUCGAUGGGAAAAGAUGAUACAAAUCCAAAUGAUAUAUUAAAUGUUCCACCUUUAAACAAUUUUAUAAAUGCUACAAUACGUCAAUAUGAAAACUUUAUAAUGUUUAAAAAGGAAUAUGCUGCCAUUUAUUUUGAAAGAAUGAAUACUACAAUCUUUCAAAAUAGAUUCCCAUCACAUCAACAAAUGAUUGAAUUUGAACAACACUCUGGAUUAGAUAAUCCACAACAAAGUGUAGCACCAGCAAAAGUAUCAAUUAAAGAAAAUGAAUCAAAACAAAGAACCGCCAUCAUCAUAUUAAAUUUAAAUGAAAUUAAAACUAUUCAAAAAAUGGUAAAUGUAUUAUGUCAUCAAAUGUGUCAUGCAGCAACAUGGAUAUUUAAUGAUAGUACGGUUCCACAUGGUACACAAUUUAAGUAUUGGGUACGAUUGGCAUUGGCUAUAUACCCCGAUUUAUCGAUUGAUCUUUGUGAUAAUUACAACUCCAACUCUAAAUUCCACUACAAGUGUCAAAACAAACAAUGUACAGUCACCUUUGGUAGACCAUCUAAAUUGACAGAGACCAUUCUGUGUGGUCAAUGCAAUUCACCUAUUGUACCAAUGAGUUCGAGUGACUCGACUGGUACUGGCACUGGCAACAACCAUCUGGUUGACAAAUGCGAUGACGCUGAAUUCAAAGCAUUCUACUAUGAACAUUUAGAGGAAAUCGAGAAAAAGUAUGGCAAACAAAUCCCAAACGAACAGAAACUUUCAAUUGCCAGAUUAAAGUUUAAACAAUUGGCAAAGAUUCAAAAAGUUAAAUUAAUCAAAUAA